AUGGAAAACUACUCUAUUAACAGUGACAUACUUGAAAUCCAGGGUUUAGACAUCUCUGAGUCAUCCAUUUACCCAGUGUUCUUUGCAGUGCUUUUCUUUUACAUCACUCUGCUGAUAUCCAAUUUUGGUGUGCUGAUACUCAUCAUAACAGAGAAAAGCUUGCACCAACCCAUGUAUCUCCUGUUCUGCAACCUAUCAGUCAACGAUCUCUUUGGCAAUACUGUUUUACUUCCCCGUUUGCUGUCUGACAUGUUUGCUUCAAAGAAAUUAACCACGUAUGCUCAGUGUGCCACACAGGCCUUUUGUAGUCACACAUUUGGUUCAGCCUCACAUAUGAUACUAAUCAUAAUGGCCAUUGAUAGGUACGUUGCUAUAUGCAACCCAUUACGAUACACUGCAAUAAUGACAACGAAGACAAUUGUGAAGUUGUCUGUGUCUGCCUGGGGUGUGUCACUUGUAUUAGUGGCUAUUUUGCUGGGUCUCACAAUUAGGUUGUCUCGCUGUAGAUACAUUGUCCUUAAUGCUUAUUGUGAUAAUGCAUCAUUGUUUAAAUUAUCUUGUGAAGAUGUGUACAUUAAUAACCUAUAUGGGCUGGUUUUUACUGCAGUACUUUUUGGCUCCUCAAUAGGAUGUAUUGUUGUGACAUACUUAAGGAUUGCAAUGAUAUGCUGGACUAAAAAAAGCAAAGAGCUCAACAACAGAGCUCUACAAACAUGUGGAAGUCACUUAUUAGUAUAUAUGAUUAUGUUGUGGACAGGGUUCCUUACAAUAAUUCUUCAUCGUUUUCCAGACUACCCAUAUUUGAGAAAAUUGGCAUACAUAUUAUUCCAUGUUGUGCCUGCUAAUUUAAAUCCAAUAAUUUAUGGUAUGCAAACAAAGUCUUUACGGCAGAAAAUUCUGCAGAUUUUAUUUAGAAAGGUGUCAUCUAGUGCACCACAGAGAUAA